AUGCAGGGGUUGGAUCUGGAUCUGGAUCGGGAUCGAGAUCGAGAUCGAGAUCUUUAUGUGGAGAUGUAUCUGUUUGUGGCUGGAAAUAGCGAUGCAUCCAACACCAUCUGUUGUGUGCCAGUGUGCCUGAAGGGCAAGAACUGGGACCAAGUGGAUCUGGGACUGGGUAUGCCUAUAAGUCCCGGGGCUGGCCUGUCCAUCAUCAUCGAUUCCCGACAACCAAUCCCCGAGUUCCGUGUCCCGAUUGUUGGGGGCUGGGGACUGGGGACUGGGGGCCAAUCAGUCAGCGAGGCACUCAGCGGAGCGCAGGACAUGUCAUUAGCCAGGCUUCAGGCUUCAGACUUCAGACUUCAGGCUUCAGGCUUCAGUUGUGGCUCGAUUAUGGCCGGGAAAAGAGUGGAGAGGUGGCCGCGAUUCCUGCUCUUGUGGCUAUAUCGUAUGGCACUCGGACUAUCGCUGCUCUCCUCGAAAUUGGACAAGGAUAAACUGCAACUAAGACCCCCUAAAAGGGGCAGCAACAAAGGCAUCCUCAGCACCCUGUGGCGCUGUUUGGUCAUUGUAAUAUACGCAGCAGUUUGGCCCACACUUACAUUUCCGCUCUUGGGCACAAGAAUAGAGAGCUAUGCGGAUUUGGUAGCUACACUUCAAGUCCUUUCCGUUACCAUUUUGGCAACCAUAUCAUUCAUAAUCCAGGCAACGGGUGAGAACAAAUUUCAAAAGGUGAUGAAUAGAUAUUUGGCCCUUUACCAGAGGAUAUGUGCUACCACUCGUUUGGAGCAGUUGUUUCCACCGAAAUUUGUCGUUUUCUUUUUGCUCAAGUUGUUCUUCACACUGUGCGGUUAUUUCCAUGAGUUUAUACCGCUGCUCAAGGAAGAAAACUUUGCAAGCAUUCUCCACUCGGUGGCUGUCGUCAUUGGUGUCUACAUGUGGUUUGGCACGGUCUUUGUCUUGGAUGCCUGUUUCCUGGGGUUUUUGGUCUCCGGAAUCAUGUACGAGCACAUGGCUGCGAACAUUUUGGCCAUGCUAAAGCGAAUGGAACCCAUUGAAUCGCAGGAGGAGGGGCAGCGAAUGAGUCACUAUCGCAGGAUGCGACUCCUGUGUGAUUUUGCAGACGAGUUGGAUGAGUGUGCCAUUAUCUACAGUGAACUGUAUGAGGUCACCAACGCCUUUCGCAAAAUGCUGCAGUGGCAGAUCCUCUUCUACAUUUACUACAAUUUCAUAACCAUUUGCAUAAUGCUCUAUCAAUAUAUUCUGCACUAUCUGAACGACGAUGAAGUGGCUUUGGUGUCUUUGGUCAUGGCUGCUGUCAAGUUGGCCAAUCUAGUGUUGCUCAUUAUGUGUGCAGAUUAUACAGUGAGGGAGUCGCAAAUGCCUAAGAGAUUGCCACUGGAUUUAGUGUGCAGCGAUAUGGAUCAGCGUUGGGAUAAGAGUGUGGAAACUUUUCUUUGUCAGCAGCAAACGCAACUGCUGGAAUUCAAAGUAUUGGGAUUUUUUCACCUUAACAACGAGUUUAUCCUUCUCAUCCUAUCAGCCAUUAUAUCCUAUCUCUUUAUACUACUUCAGUUUGGCAUAACAGGUGGCUUUGAGGCAUCCGAUGAAAUUAAAAAUCAGUUUGAUUAA